AUGCGCGUUAUCGCCUCUGCUCCCACUGCUCCAUCGCGGAACCCGCCGCGGGCGUCGUAUUCGUCCCUCGGAGGGAGAACAGUGCGCUUGGAGGCUCCGGAUGAGCUGACGGGCCGCUGGGAUGGACCCGUGUACAAAACGAUUGGUCGUGAUCCGGUUCUGCGGGAGUCUGCAUCCAGCCCAUUCUUCGACGAUGCUGACGGAUUGAAGCGGCCUGCCUGGCAGGCCACCCUCACGUUUCUGCUGCCUGGUCAGCGCCGAUCUGACGUCGACCCCGCGCUCCAGGAGCACUUCGUUCGUCACACCUCCAAGGUGUACUUAUGUGGUCAAGUCCUCUCCUACGUUCGAGCUUCGACCAUCGUUUUGGUGGAUGACAUCAACCUUGUGCUGGAUCCGGGAUGCAGUUACUUGUGUAUGCCAAACUAUCUCACGUGA